AUGUGACCCUGCUCCUCCUCUAUUGGGAAGGAACUAAAGAUGGGGUCGAUACAAUCGGCAGUGAAUGACAAAGGGCAGCUAAUAAGCGAUCCUAACCUCUCUAAAGUAGCCGUACUACCAAUUGUCACUAUAUUCUGGCUCGCUGUAGCACUCGUGGGCAUAUUUGUGCCUUGUUUCUUCUGGAAAUACAAACACAGACUGACGUUGCAAGUUUCAAUCGUGACGACUGCAGUAUGUCUGUACACCUUCUGGUUGCUGGCAUUCUUGGCUCAGCUGAAUCCAUUGACAGGUCCACAACUUGAAGAGGAUCUGGCACAUCAUAUCAGACAAGUCUGGGGAGCAUCUAAAAGCGAUAGUUAUGAAUGUCAAGAGUAGAACCAUUAUUAACAGCUGUGUGUGUAUUUGUUUGAACCUGUAAUACUGUGGGUUACACAUCAAAAACUAAUUAAUACUGUAAUAUU